AUGGUCGCUACAGCUCAGAACCUCUCCUUCGUCCUCGAAGGCGUCCACCAGGUCAAGUUCGAGGACCGCCCUAUUCCAGAGCUCAAAAACCCCCACGAUGUCAUUGUGAACGUCCAGUACACUGGCAUUUGCGGUAGCGAUGUUCACUACUGGGACCACGGUGCCAUUGGGCAAUUUGUGGUCAAGGAACCUAUGGUCCUCGGUCACGAAUCCUCCGGAGUAAUCAGUAAGGUCGGCUCAGCCGUCACGAGUCUAAAAGUCGGCGAUCAUGUUGCCAUGGAACCCGGUAUCCCCUGUCGUCGAUGCGAGCCCUGCAAGGCGGGCAAAUACAACCUCUGCGAGCAGAUGGCUUUCGCCGCCACACCCCCGUACGACGGUACUCUGGCAAAGUACUACAGCCUGCCCGAAGACUUUUGCUACAAACUACCCGAGUCCAUCAGCCUGCCCGAGGGCGCACUCAUGGAGCCUCUGGGAGUCGCCGUACACAUUGUGAGACAGGCCAACGUCACCCCGGGCCAGACCGUUGUUGUCUUUGGGGCUGGUCCAGUCGGUCUUUUAUGCUGUGCCGUGGCCAAGGCCUUUGGGGCGACUAAGAUCGUUGCUGUCGACAUCCAGAAGCCAAGGUUGGACUUUGCAAAAAAAUUCGCUGCGACGGACGUAUUUUCACCACUGAGGUCCGCUACUGAAAACGCUAUGCAAAUAAUCAAAGAGAAUGACCUUGGCCGAGGUGCUGAUGUAGCGAUUGACGCUUCAGGCGUUGAACCGUCAGUACACACUGGCAUCCAUGUUCUCCGGCCGGGUGGCACCUACGUACAAGGUGGCAUGGGGCGGAGCGAGAUGAACUUCCCCAUCAUGGCGGCUUGCACAAAAGAACUGAACCUCAAAGGUAGCUUCCGCUACGGUAGCGGCGACUAUAAGCUCGCGGUCCAACUCGUGGCUUCUGGUCGGAUCAACGUGAAGGAAUUGAUUUCCGGUACCAUCAGAUUCGCAGAUGCCGAGCAAGCGUUCAAAGAUGUCAAAGCUGGAAAGGGUAUUAAGACACUCAUUGAUCACACUAUCUAG